GAUUCAAAGAACAGCGUGAUUCCAUGAUUGCGGUAUCUGAUUUUGAACUCAUUGGGAACAUAUUAAAAUGGAACACAACCGCAGGAAUAGAAACAGAACUAGUUAUAGAAAACAUAAAAGAAAAAGGGUUCAAUGCAAGCGAAAACAUUUAUCAUAUAAUAAGAACUGUAGAUGAAAAAGUUCCGAAGAUAUUCUGUAACGAUUCUAAUAACAGUGACAAAGGUAUUAAUAAUGUUACAGAUUUCAGUGAUGUUUGUGAUACGGGUGAUUACGACGUGUUUGAAGUGACAGUGGUAACUAUACUAUGUCUUCUUAUAGUUGUGACAGUAAUAGGCAAUACUUUGAUAAUAUCUGCGGUAGUGACGACGAAGAGACUAAGAACGGUUACCAAUUGCUUUGUAACCAGUUUGGCAGCGGCAGAUCUACUUGUUGGCAUAUUCGUUAUGCCACCGGCUAUCGCUGUUCAUAUAAGUGGCAAAUGGGAGCUCGGCUGGAUUCUGUGUGACAUCUGGAUCAGCCUGGACAUCCUCCUCUGUACCGCUUCCAUCCUCUCCCUCUGCGCUAUAAGCGUGGAUAGGUACCUCGCGGUCACUAGGCCUCUGACGUACUCCAGAAGAAGAAGAUCCAAGAAGCUGGCGUUGACCAUGAUCUUCUUUGUCUGGAUUUCCGCUGGGACUAUUACCUGUCCCCCUAUGUUUGGAUGGUAUGAACCAGAUCACAACCAAGGUGGAGUCUGUCGCUACAACCAGAACCCUGGCUAUGUGGUGUUCUCUGCCAUGGGCUCCUUCUUUCUGCCCAUGAUCGUGAUGGUCUACGUCUAUGCCAGGAUAUCCUGUGUGGUAGCAAGGAGGCAUCAACAGCUUUCAAGUACUUCUUCUAAAUGUGGCAAGAAAUCCAACCUAUCCUGCAUCCGUUCUGAAUCAGACUCAGGGUCGGACAAACUGUCGUUGAGACAGAACGCCUGUAAGCAACCAUCCAAAACAUCAACCGCUUUCAGUGAAACCUCACUACAGAGUGAGCAGAGAUGUCCAUGUUGCUUUCGAAGCGAAAAACGACGCCAGCCGAAGUAUAGGUCCAACCAAGAAAAGGAAUCUCGCCUCUACGAUGUCGCAUACAAAUCCAACUUCAAAUACAAAGGGACUACCCACAUUCGGCACAGAACCUAUUCAUCCAAGGAACAUAUGGAAAACCGGGUAUCUUCUUUAAGAAGAGAAACCAAGACAGCUCAAACUUUGAGCCUAGUUGUUGGAGGUUUCAUAGCUUGUUGGUUACCUUUCUUCCUAUACUACUUACUAACUCCCUUUAUACCAACUGAUUACGUAAAUUCGGUUUUAAUGUAUAUCUUGACUUGGUUGGGUUGGUUCAAUUCGGCAAUAAACCCUUUUAUUUACGCAUUCUAUUCGCCCGAUUUUAGGAUGGCGUUUUGGAGGCUCACUAUUAAGAAAUGUAAGCGAAGUAAGCGCAAGAAUUAAUUCAAGUUGUUAAGUUCCAAGACUAAAUAACCCGUGUAACUUUAAAA